AUGGCUUCUGCGACUGCCACUGCCACCAUGGCCGCCGCGGGCUUCGACAAGAGAGCCAGCACCGCUUCGUCGUCUCUGCAAACUCCAGGAUCUGGUACCUUCCCAUCCGAGCUACUGAGCCCCAUGGCCGCUUCGCCGAGUUUCAGCAAGAGGGAAGAUGCCUUGAAGACGCCCAUCACCCCUCCAUCCGCGUACCUGGACUUCCUCAAGAACUUCUCGCCAGCGAUCCAAAGCCCCGCGUCGACGGGUACCAGUGCCCGCUUCAGCUUCCACGAGAGUAGCUUCGACAAAGCGUCAGAUAAAGCAUCCGACAUAUCUGGACCCAAGUCCUCAUCGAUCAGCCCACCCACAUCUCAACCAGCAUCGCAGCCCCCACUAUCCCGCAACACAUCCUACGACUCGAACAAGUCCACCGCUACCGAGAGAAGCGAUGCCUCGACGGAAAGCAUCGAACGCUCCAAACCACAAUCCCCACGCAUCAUCAUCCCACCAUCCCAGUUCGCCAAACCAGCCGCUCCUAGAUCAGCACGGGGUACCCCUCGACGACUGCACAUCCCCCAGUCACCCGCCUUCUCACCCGCCCUUGGCUCAGCCCUAUCCACCCAUUCCGUCCCAUCACCAUACUCCUCUACCCCAAUCAGCGCCGCACCAUGGAGCGCAUCAUUCUCUCGCGACUACACCAACGCCGAAGCGAACGCGAAUGGCCCCCCUGGCAAAGUACAUGUCCGACAAGUAGUGACGAGGACGGUCACGUACUGUCGGACGCCUUUGGACCCCGCACCCAAGGGCAAGAGGAGAAAGAUUGAAGUCGAGGAGGCUGACGAGGUCAGUACUGUCGACUCCAAGUCGGAGGUCUCGUGUGAGGAUGCGAACGAUCGACCGAUCAAACAAGAACGAGUUGAGAAGGCCGAUAAGGAGGGUCCGACGACGGGCGAGAUGAAGGGUGAUGUGUAG